AUGUCUUAAACGUCAAAGGAGGAAGAAUACAGUAUAAUAAGCAAGAUAGGAUGUGGAUUUUCGGCAGAUGUCCAAUUAGUUUCAAGAUCUGGAGAAUUGAUGGCACUGAAAGUGUAUAAGGCCAAACAAGAUUAACUAUAUGAGAAUGAGAUUCGUAUAAUGAACAAGUUGAGUCACAUUUCUGGGGUCAUUAGAAUAAGAGAAAGUGAACUUAGAGGGUGCAUAAUGAUGGAUUAUGCGAAGUAUGGAAACUUACUCCAAUACUUAUAAUAAUCCCGAUUGGAAGAGAGCAUAGCCAGAAGCUUCUUUAAAUAGAUGAUAUUCAUAAUUGAUAAGAUUCACAAGAUGGGUGUUGCUCAUAGAGAUUUAAAAUUAGAAAACAUAUUAUUAGACGAUCAAUACAAGUUGAAGAUUUGCGACUUUGGAUUUGCUGUUCAAUAUUUGGAUGAACAAGGAAGGAGAAUAAAAGUGAAUGAUUAUGUUGGAACGCCUUAGACUGCGGCUCCAGAGAUAUAUCUUCGAUAGCCAUAUCAUCCAGUAGAGGCAGAUUUGUUUUAGCUAGGAGUUAUCUUAUUUUAAAUUUGUGCUGGAUCGAGUCCAUUUCACAAUGCUAACAUAAAGAGUGAUCCAAAUUAUUAGUUGAUAUACAGACAACAAAUAGGAAAGUUUUGGGAGAAACAUUAGUUUGAAUUUUCAGCUUAAUUGAAGGAUAUCAUCGUUAAACUUUUGGCCUUUAAUCCAAAUCGGAGAUUAUCAAUCCCUGAAAUUCAGUCUCAUCCUUGGAUGCAAGGCGAAGAAGCUGAUUAAUCCUAAAUUAUUGAUGAAAUGGAAUGCAGAUAGUCAAUACUCUCCUUAUAAAUCUGAUUAUAUCAUACUAAAACUAAGAUUCAUAUUUAUUCAUGUCUAAAA